AUGGAAGAGCUCGAGAUUUUGAACAGAUUAUGCAAAGAGUUAGGGGAGAGUACGGAUCCAGCCACUCGGGCUAGAGCUGAACGUAAUCUAGCUGAGCUCGUCGACUCACCUCAAUGCCUGCGACGUUGUAUGCUUCUUUUGGAACAAGGCGAUUUUCCCUAUGGUCCAGUUGUUGCUAGCAAUACUUUGAUGAAGCUCCUGAAUUCAAAGACUGGUAUACUAGUUGACCAGAAACUCGAGCUUAGUCGAUACAUUCUCAACUUACUUGGAUCUCGUUCAUCAACAUUUCCUCCGUUCAUCGUUUCAUCCCUCUGUCAGUUGUUUGCUAGAAUCACAAAACAGGAAUGGACUUAUACUGAUAGCAAUGAUAUUCACGUAUUUCAUGCUCCUGUUUCGGAAAUGGUUUCUACCAUUAAUUUGAAUGGCGGCAGUCAAAGUAUGCUUGCGUUACAACUGCUGUCUACUCUGCUUACGGACUUCAAUUCGCAAGCGGGAAUGGAAUCUGUAAAUAAGCAUCGCAAAGGGAUCGCCCUAUUUCGGGACACUCACAUCUUGGAGAUUUUCGAAACGUCGAUUUCUCUUCUUGGUGCCAUUUCACAGAAGGAUUUGUCAUCUUUGCAGAUGCCAUUUGUUCUUGCUGUGCUCGACUUGUGUUUGAACACACUUCUUUUCGAUUUUAUUGGUAGCCUUUCCGAUGAGACUAGCGAAGAUAACUAUACUGUACAAGUUCCUACAAUUUGGCGUAAUGCAUUCACUGAUGGAAAGUUGGUCGAUCUUAUAUUUGGACUUUACAUCAAGCUUCCUAGUGUUGCUUCUGAAAAGGUUUUGCAUAUCGGAGUCCAGUUAGCAAGUGUUCGAAGGACGCUCUUUAAUGGUAGCGAACGGCAGACCUACCUCGAACAUAUUGUAGCCGGCGUCAAACGUGUUAUUGAGAACCCCGAAAAGUUGACUGAGCAGCCAGCAUUUCACGAGUUCUGUCGAAUGGUUUCACGUUUGAAGACCAACUUCCAGUUAUGUGAACUUAUAAAAGUUCCAGAUUAUGCAGCUCUCAUGCGACUGCUCGCUCAGUUCACCGUGGAAAGCCUUCGUAUGAUGGAUUUGUCGGCCAAUAGUACGUACUUUCUUCUGACGUUCUGGCAGCGUAUGGUUACUUCUGUACCUUAUGUUCGAAGUAGUGAAGAUCACUUGCUCAAUCUAUGCUGUCCAGAGAUUAUGACUGCUUUCGUGGAAAGUCGCCUUCAGAACGUUGAGAGAGUGGUUAGAGAUGGACACGAUGAUCCUCUAGAAGACCAAGGGGCAACCCUUCAGAUAAUGGAGCACUUGGCCAUAAUAUGCCGAUGCGAUUAUGAAAAAACCGCCCAGCUUCUAGCAAGUGCUUUUGACGAAAAUGCAAGGAUAAUGGAAGCUGGACCAGAAGGGGAUAUUCGUGUUGUUAUAGCGGAGGGAAGACUUGUGUGGUUGGUUACUUUGAUAGGAACUGCUGUGUUCGGUAAGACGGCAGUGUCAAAUAAUGAAGACCAUGAUAAACUGGAUGGAAAUCUUGUCUCCAGAAUUAACGACAAUAGACUUAUCUUUCCUGCAACUGUGAAUGCCAAUCCAGGGAAAGGCAAUGUUCGAUUGGAGGUUGCAUUUAUUCAUUUACUAGAGCAGUUUCGUCGUGCAUAUAUAAUGGACCAGAUUACAAAGUCAAGUCCUGUUUAUGAUAAGUUGAACUCUGAACUUGGUGUAUCUGACGAGACGGACAUGCUCAGCGUGAUUGUUCAGAAGAUCUUAACGAAUUUGAAAUAUUGGGCCACAAACGAGCAGAUUCUGGAGCUUUCGCUUUCACUUUUGAAAGAUCUGUCUCUGGGCUACACAGCAGUCAGGAAACUAUUCCGAUUGCAGGAGAUACAACUUCUUCUCAGUAAUCACACUGCAGACCAUUUCGUAUUUCUUGGUCAGUCUGUGCCUUAUUCGACAAUGAAACAUCGCACUGUUUUCUACGAGGCUCUUACUCGUCUUCUCACAAUCGAUCUCAAUGACGACGAGCAACUUUUCGAUGUCGUGCAGAAUUUUCAACAGACAAAAAAUCAAUCUUUAUUUCAGAGAGUUGUCGUAGGCAUGUGCCGUGAUCUUCGUGGUGUCGCCGUUGCUUGCACAACCAAAAACUUGUUCCAGAUUUUGUUUGAUUGGCUUUAUCCAGAUGUUUUCAACAUCAUGAUGCGGGCUGUGGAAGAAUGGUCAUCAAGUCCUGAAGUUAUGACACCAAUCUUUCGUCUUUUGGCUGAGUUGUGCCAAAAUCGGCAGCAACGAUUAAAGUUUGAAAUGAGCAGUUGCAGUGCUGUCCUUCUUUUCAAGGAAGUUAGCAAAAUAAUAUGUGGAUAUGGUAAUCGUAUUCUUGUUAUGCCUGAUGUACCAAAAGAGCGUGCCUAUGCUGAGCGCUAUAAGAAUAUUGGGAUCAUAUUUAAUGUUCUCAAAUGUGCCCUUAUUGGAGCCUAUAUACCAUUUGGAGUAUUCCGUUUGUACGGUGAUCCUUGCCUUCAAGAUUCUCUUAAUAUGUUCGUUAAAUUGUUUCUAAAAAUACCCGAGGAAGAUUUCCAUUCGUACACGAAGAUUGCACAAAAUUACUACAAUCUUCUGGAAAAUGUUGUGCAGGAUAACAUCGCUUUUGUGUCAAACCUUCAACCUGAGGUGUUUGCGGCUAUUCUUCGUUCGAUAUUUCACCCGAGUUCAGAUGCUGUUGUGAUAACAUCUGCGUGUUCUGCUUUGGACAGCAUCCUAAAUUAUCUAUACAAAAGGUUUACUAGAGCGUCUCAUCCGGUUGCUAAGGUGGGCAUGGAGCCAGAAGGUGACGCGUGUUUGGUUGCCGUUAAAAGCCAACCACAACUCAUGUCUGACGUGAAUUUUAACAUCUAUGAUGACUUCACUAAUUAUUUCUCGUCCGUUACUAGGGCUUAUCCUUUUGCAGGUGAAGAAGAGGUAUUCACUAACUUCAAACGUGAAAUUAUAUCCCAGCAACCGGAGGAUAGACAUGCGGUAUUCGAGCAGGCAUUUGAUGGAUUGAUGGAUGGCGUUGAAAUGUCGCUUGCAGUGAAAAAUAAAGACAUAUUCACGCAGAAUCUCGCGAAGUUCCGUCGUGAAGUCGUGGAAGCGGUAAAAGGCAAGGAGGUAUCACCGUCUGUUAGCAACAAUGAUAUGUGUUAA